CAAGCUGCUAGCUUGCAGCGCCUGGAAGUGUAUUGUUUCUGCUUAUCGUUACUAGUGUGUAAAAAUAAGUAGGGCAACAAUCGGCUGGAAGUUGGCUAAUACGAAGACGUUUAAAUUAGUAUUCACAUCAGUGCCAGAAUGGUCGGAUAACUACUUUUUCUACUAAAAGCUGAAAUAAAGGAGCACAGCCUCCGUUUUUCAGACGGUUCGGGUUAUUUUCUGACCGGAAAGCUAGUUUUUCGGCAGAUCAGUGCACGGUGCAGUUUAGAAAGAUGAAGAUGUUCUCAGUGGCGCACAAGACGGUCUUCGUGGUGGACCACUGUCCCUACAUGGCAGAGUCCAGCCGUCAGCAGGUGGAGUGUGAUGUCCUGACGAAGAGCCGAGCUCAAGGGGUCAUCCCUUUGGCCCCCGUGUCCAAGUCCCUGUGGACCUGUGCUGUGGAGUGCUCCAUGGAGUACUGUCGGAUCCUCUACGAUGUUUAUCCGAAGGACAAGCUGAUUAAUUACAUUGUGAGUGAUUCAGAGUUCCACAUACUGAACAGCUGGAGACGGGAAGAUCAGAGCACUCAUGAGCUCAUGUCAGCUCUGGCGGCCGUCGGCCCGCCAAAUCCCCGAGAGGACCCGGAGUGUUGCAGCAUCUUGCACGGGCUCGUCGCCGCCGUUGAGUCGCUAUGCAAGAUCACGGAGCUGCAGCACGAGAGGCGCACUGCGCUGAUGGACACAGCCGACAGAGUUGCCAACAGAGGGCGCAUCAUCUGCCUAACUAACGCUAAAAGCGAUACUCAUGUACGCAUGCUGGAAGACUGCAUCCAGGAAACCAUCAUAGAUCAAAACAAGACGGCGGCGGGCUCAGACAGGCUGAUGGCAAUCCAGCAGUGUGAGCUGGUCCUAGUUCACAUCUACCCACAGGGCGAGGACACGCUGGUGUCUGACCGACCCAAGAAAGAGAUUUCUCCUCUGCUCACCAGUGAGGUUCACAGUGUUCGAGCUGGGAGACACUUGGCCACCAAGCUCAACAUCUUGGUCCAGCAGCACUUUGACUUGGCCUCCACCACCAUCACAAACAUCCCCAUGAAGCCCACAUUAAAUGUUUGCGAACAGGAAGAGCAGCACGCCAACACGUCGGCCAACUACGACGUCGAGCUCCUGCAUCACAGAGACGCUCACCUGGAGUUCUUUAAAAGUGGAGACCUGCACAUGGCGGGCACCAGCACUCGAGAAAAUGGCCUCAAAGAGACGGUUACGCUGAAGUGGUGCACUCCACGAACCAACAGCAUAGAGCUACAUUACUGCACAGGAGCCUAUCGCAUCUCCCCCACAGACGUCAACAGCCGGCCCUCGUCGUGUUUGACGAACUUCCUCCUGAACGGUCGAUCGGUGCUGCUGGAGCAGCCGAGGAAGUCGGGCUCCAAGGUCAUCAGCCACAUGCUCAGCAGCCACGGGGGCGAGAUCUUCCUGCACGUGCUCAACAGCAACCGCUCCACCUUAGAGGACCCGCCGUCCAUCAGCGAGGGCUGCGGCGGCAGAGUGACGGACUACCGGAUCACUGAUUUUGGGGAGUUCAUGAGGGAGAACCGGUUGACGCCCGUGUCAGAGUCGUCCCACGACCCCUCGGGGAAGCUACCCGUCGACAGGGCCAAAGCUCAGCUGGAACGUCACACGCGUUACUGGCCCAUGAUCAUCUCCCAGACCACCAUCUUCAACAUGCAGGCAGUGGUUCCUUUGGCCAACCUAAUAGUGAAAGAGACUCUGACCGAUGAGGACGUUCUGACCUGCCAGAAGACCGUCUACAACCUCGUUGAAAUGGAGAGGAAGAACGACCCACUCCCCAUUUCCACGGUGGGGUCCAGAGGCAAAGGCCCCAAGAGGGACGAACAGUACCGGAUAAUGUGGAACGAGCUGGAAACAUUGGUGAAGACUCACGUCGGAGCCACGGAAAGACACCAGCGAGUGCUGGACUGCAUCGUGGCCUGCCGCAGCAAACCGGAGGAGGAGGACAGGAAGAAGAGGGGGAGAAAGAGAGAGGAGAGGGAAGACAGGCUGGAGAAGAACGGCAACAAGGAGACAGAGGACAAAAGCUGGCAAGACUCUGAAAGACUAAAGGGUUUGCUGGAUAAAGAGGAGCAGGAGUCAGAGGUGAUCAAGGACUCCCCGGACUCGCCCGAGCCGCUCAACAAGAAGCCUCGUCUCUCCACGGAGGAGGUCCAGCCUCCAGAGAGAGCCAAAGGUCCUGUCUCACUCCUCACCAUGUGGACCAACCGAAUCACUGCAGCCAACUCCAGGAAGCACCAAGAGUUUGUCGGAAGAGCGAGCUCAGUAAACAACAAGUUCGAGUUGUACCAGCACCUCAAAGACGACAAUGGGAUGGACGUUCAUGAAAACGGGAAGGCGUCCAGAUGAUGUUUCCACAGAUCUACUGGUUCACCCUUUCCGAGGGUUGAGAUUGUGGACCGCGGUGUUUUUCAGACUACCGAAAAUGUGGUAGUCAGGAAAAAAUAGACAGUGAACUCUAACGAGGAAUUUGUAAUGUUCUUUUUUUUUUUACCCAUGAUUUUGUAGAUAUGCUGUUCAUAUAUUGUGUAACACAAUAAAAGCUGCCAGUAGAGAGCAUUGCUGUUGGCUUUCACACAAAUGA